AUGACAGCGGCCUCUGCCGCGUCAUUGGUUAGCAGCUUGCUCCUUUCCUCGAAAGGCAAGAGCAAUGUUCAAGACGAGUCCAUAUUCGGGUCAUCGGAUUUCCUGGAUGGCGAUGCCACUGGCGAAAAUGCAAGCCAGACUGUCGCUUCAAAUAAGGCCUUGUUUCUGACCCCAACGCCGGAAGGAUUGGAGCAGAUCAAGACUUCGUUGCAUUCUAGAAUGGAAGAAGGACAAGGAGAAUUCGUAUUGGAAAUCGGACUAGAUGACGAGGGCCGUUCGCUAGACUUGACCGAUGACGAAUUCAACCAAUAUGUCGACACGGUUUCCAAAACUUGUACUCUGCUCAACGCUACAGUCACGAUAUUACAUCGGCGACACACCCCUCUAUUACCAACAUCCAGUACUGCAGCAAUUAUUGCUGCUUUGACAGAUGUACCUCCGGAAACUCCAGCGCCGGUUACCGCACCACCGUCUCCGUACAACUAUGCUCAUUUGUUGGUUCGUCAGAAUCCGGGCCGUGUAGAGGAUUUGUUAGAGUUACGAGUUGCUGUGGUUGGAAAUGUUGAUGCUGGAAAAUCUACGUUACUCGGCGUCCUCACCAAAGACUUGUUGGACGAUGGUCGUGGUAAAGCCCGUGUGAAUCUCUUUCGUCACAAACACGAAAUCGAAUCAGGCCGAACGUCCUCUGUUGGAAUGGAAAUCAUGGGAUUUGAUUCCAAGGGACGAGUACUGACGCCAUCGUCUAUUGGACGUGCAAAGAUUACUUGGGAAGAUGUUUGUACCGCAGGGUCCAAGGUUUUGUCUUUUAUUGAUCUUGCCGGGCACGAAAGGUAUCUCAAGACGACGGUGUUUGGGAUGACGGGUUGUGCACCUGAUUUCGUCAUGUUGCUUGUUGGAUCGAAUAGCGGGAUGAUUGGGAUGUCGAAAGAACACCUGGGGUUGGCUCUAGCAUUACAAGUUCCUGUCUUUAUUGUUGUCACAAAGAUUGAUAUGGCUCCAAAGAAUGUUCUUGAGGCCACGCUGCGGCAACUGAUAAAGAUUCUAAAGUCAUCUGGUUGUCGAAAGUUGCCGAUGUUCAUUAAAAAGACCGAGGAUGUUCUCAUGAGUGCAAAUACGUUUGUUGGAGAUCGUGUCUGUCCCAUUUUCCAAGUAUCGAAUGUUACGGGUGAAGGUUUGGACUUGUUGAAACUGUUCCUGAAUAUCUUGCAACCAAAUGGACGUGGCAAAUACCAAAAGGACCAACCCACUGAGUAUUCUAUUUCUGACCUCUUCAGUGUUCCCGGCGUAGGAACAGUUGUUUCGGGAACGGUUAAUUCUGGUAUCGUGCACGUCGGAGAUACGUUACUACUCGGUCCAGACUCUGCAGGUCAUUUCCAGCCUACUAUUGUCAAGUCAAUUCAGAGGAAGAGAGUCAACGUUCCCUGUGCAUCAGCAGGGCAAUCCGCAAGCUUUGCUUUGAAGAAGAUCAAGAGAGCUGCUAUACGAAAGGGUAUGGUCAUGCUGUCGAGGAAUGCUGAUGCCAAGGCGUUUUAUGAGUUUGAGGCUGAGAUUUUGGUGUUGUACCAUUCCUCGACGAUAACGCCUCGAUAUCAGGCAAUGCUACACUGUGGUGGUAUACAUCAGACUACGAAGGUUGUUGGUAUUGAUAGGCCUCUGUUUCUGAUGCGACCUGAAUUCAUGAAGGUUGGCACAAGACUACUAUUCCGUGAAGGACGAACGAAAGGUGUCGGUAAAGUCGUGAGACUCAUACCUGAAGCAGAGUCAUCGGAAGCUCUAAAGAAGGCCGCUCUCUUACCAAACCCGAUAACGAAUAAACCGCCAAAUCAUCCACCUCAUCCGCCAUUCAGUGCAACAGCGUCUCAAUCAUCUGUCGCUCCUCCGUUGGUUGAUAAGAGGAAGCAGAUAUCGAAAGCUGCUGCUGCUUGA